CGCUAAGUCGCGAACGCGUCAACGCGUCAGCGUCACCAAAGUCACUCCACAGCCGACAUGUCCAAAGCCGAGUCCUCGAAAGCUGCCGCCAGCAGUGCUGUGCGGGCGAAUCCCAAUGCCGCGGGCGGGGCCAACUAUGAGCUCCCAUGGGUCGAGAAAUACCGCCCGGUGUACCUCGACGAUGUCGUCGGCAACACAGAGACCAUCGAGCGCCUCAAGAUCAUCGCAAAGGACGGCAACAUGCCGCACAUGAUCAUCUCCGGCAUGCCCGGCAUCGGCAAGACAACCUCGAUCCUCUGCCUCGCCCGCCAACUCCUCGGCGACGCCUACAAAGAAGCCGUGCUCGAGCUCAACGCCUCCGACGAGCGCGGCAUCGACGUCGUGCGCAAUCGCAUCAAGGGCUUCGCGCAAAAAAAAGUCACCCUGCCCCCCGGGCGCCAGAAACUCGUCAUCCUCGACGAAGCCGACAGCAUGACCAGCGGCGCCCAGCAGGCCCUGCGCCGCACCAUGGAAAUCUACAGCGCCACCACGCGCUUCGCCUUCGCCUGCAACCAGUCCAACAAGAUCAUCGAGCCGCUGCAGUCCCGCUGCGCCAUCCUGCGCUACGCCCGCCUCACCGACGCCCAGGUCGUGCGCCGCAUCAUGCAGGUCAUCACCGCAGAAUCCGUCCCGUACUCCGACGACGGCAUCGCGGCGCUGGUCUUCUCCGCCGAGGGCGACAUGCGCCAGGCCAUCAACAACCUGCAGAGCACGAGCGCGGGCUUCGGGUUUGUCAGCGGCGACAACGUGUUCAAGGUCGUCGACAGCCCGCACCCCAUCAAGGUGCAGCAGCUCAUCAAAGCGUGCCAGGAGCAGCGCGUCGACGACGCCAUGGCGGGGCUCAGAGAGCUGUGGGGGCUCGGGUACUCGUGUCACGAUAUCAUCAGCACCAUGUUCCGGGUCACGAAGAGCGUGGAUACGCUGAGCGAGCAUGCGAAGCUCGAGUUUAUCAAGGAGAUUGGGUUCACGCACAUGCGGAUUCUCGAGGGCGUGCAGACGCUGUUGCAGUUAAGUGGGUGCGUGGCCAAGCUGUGUCGGAUCAACAUGCAGCCGGGGCUGUUUGCGAUGUCGAAGUGAGGGCCGAGUGAUGGCAGGGGGGGUUGUUGCAUUUAGCACGGCGUCUGGCGUGUAGAACCACACAUGCAUGCGAAUACGAAUACAGAAACGGGGAGACGGAUCAGGCAGGAGAAUAAAUACUAGCAUGUCCACCACCGCAACCGCAGUGUCCUUCUCCAUCUCCGUCCU